AUGGAAGAAUCUGUCAAUUUCGUUAACGGCUACGGCAAAGUUAACCCCUCCGACGAUGAAACAACCUCCGUUACCGGCCAGGCUCCUCCCUCAAACCGACGUAAAGCCAUCGCCGUGAUCGUUACAGUCGGCUUCUUCUUCGUCAUAGUCGCCGCCAUAAUCGGAGCAACCGUAGUUCACCAUCCCCGCAACAAACCGUCGGAAUCGCAAUCGUCAUCGGUGAAGACAAAUAACUCCAUCAAAGCUGUGUGUGCAGUCACGCCACAUCCGGAGUCGUGUUUCACCGACAUCUCCUCCAUCGAUUCCGAUAACGCCGUGGAUCCGGAGAUCAUCUUCAACCUCACGCUCCGACUCGCCGUCAACGAGCUGGCGAACAUCUCGUCGUUGCCUAAAAUUCUAAUUUCGAGAUCGAACGAUUUAAGAACCGGUUCCGCGUUGCGAGACUGCGCGACUCUGUUCGAUGACGCGUUGAGUCAACUGAGGCAGUCGGUGGAGGCGAUGCGUGUGGGGAGCGGCGGCGGGGAGAAGGUGGUGUUGACGGAGGGGAAACUGGCGGAUUUGAAGACGUGGAUUAGCGCGGCGAUGACGGAUCAAGAGACGUGCGUGGAUGGAUUAGAGGAGAUGGGAUCGACGGCUGUGGAUGAAGUGAAAAGGAGGGUGCAGAGAUCGAAGGAAUACAUGAGCAACAGCUUAGCAAUACUCGCAAAUAUUGAAACUUUACUCGACAAAUUUGGGCUUCACUUGCAUUGA